AGUUCUAUCGUAUAGCAUUACUGGUGGAACCGCUGCAGCGAGGAAGUCUAUGUAGUACGGGACUGUAUCUGGGGAAAACUAACUUGUGUACUUGGAGUGCGAAAGCGUCAUUUCGCCGUAAGAAGCGAAAGGAAGCGGUACUGUCCUACGGACUGCAUCAAGCCUGCGACGCAAUCCAAGAUACCCUUACAGCGAGACAGACCUGCUUUUAAAAAAAAAAAAAACUUCCAACAUCCAGUUGCUUUGAAAAUCAAUUUAAAGUGCUUUGCUUUAGUCGUUUGCUCAGAAAGCAGAUGCACUUUUAUCCAUUUCGCAUAUUUUCAAAGCAGGCAAUUUCAAGGAACGGACGGUGCGGUUUUGGAACUUGUCACUGAAACAUCGAAUGCCGUGCAACCUCUCUCCUCAAUUCCAGAAAGAGAGAGGGGCGAAAGAGAUACGCAUGCACCGCGCCGGUGGUCAAAUUCGGGAUAUUUUGGAUUGUAUAAAUUCAUAUUAUCCUGAAAAAGCAUGCAUUUCUGAACUUUAACAGACGUUUUUCAAACGUUCCUUUUUCAUCCCAAUCUGCAAGUCCUCGUGCUGUAUGAUUCAGUCGCCGCGCAGCAUACAAAGUAGGCUCGUGCUCGUCGUACGUCUCGUGGGGACUUGCCCGAGCUUUCCGUUGCAGCAAACCAAAGGAAAUAUCUCGUUAUAAACUCAUUCAUUGCGGUUUUUGCGGAGCGCACAUCCUCGGGAGUCUGCGUGCACGGGGAUAACUGGGCUGAAACAAUUAGACAUACCCCGCGAGAGAGAGCUAGCGUCACUACCUUUCAAAACCUCUCGGUGUUUUGAAUGCGUAUUAUCAACUCCCAUCUCGGCAGUGUUCCUGCUUAUCCCAACACGUCGGACGGGAAUUUGGGCUACAUCCUUGUGCUGAAGUUGCAUGCCUGGCCGAAAUCGUCUCGAUUGAAGUCAUCAGAUCACUCUCGGGGUUUAAAGAAAGUCGGGAUAUUUGGGGAAAGGCUUAUCGGUGCGGCCAUGGCGAUGUUCACGAGUUUUUGGAUAUUCCUGGUGGCCGUCAACGUACCAGGUGCGUCUGCGCAGAGCGUGCAGAUGGACUCCGUCAAGUCCGGCUUCGUGGGCUCGCAGGUGGAGCUGCGCUGCCUGUUCGUCAACAGCAACCCCCCCGUGAAGAUCUCGCAGGUCACCUGGCAGAAGUUCCUCAACGGCAGCAAGCAGAACGUGGCCAUCGCCAACCCCAGCCUGGGCGUGUCCGUGCUGGCGCCCUUCAAGGAGCGCGUGACCUUCAAGCAGGCGGCCGUGCGCCACCGCACGCCCUCCCUGGAGGACACCACCAUCGUCUUCAACAACCUGCGGCUCUCCGACGAGGCCGCCUACAUCUGCGAGUACACCACCUUCCCCGCCGGCAACCGCGAGAACACGGUCAACCUGACCGUCUACGCUCGUCCCGUGACGCGCAUGUCCCUGACCACGCCCACCAUCAUCGCCCGGCAGCAGAAGCGCAAGAUGACGGUGGCCACCUGCCUGUCGGCCAACGGGAAGCCGCCGAGCGUGAUCACCUGGGAGACGCGGCUGAAGGGCGAGGCCUCGUUCCAGGAGACGCGCAGCGCCAACGGCACGGUGACGGUGCGGAGCAACUACGCGCUGGUGCCCAGCCGCGCCGCGCACCGGCAGAAGCUCACCUGCAUCGUGGCGUACCGCGACGAGCGCAUCACCGAGAGCGUGGUGCUCAACGUGCAGUAUGAGCCUGAGGUCAAGAUCGAGGGAUUCGACGGUAACUGGUACCUGAACCGGCAGGACGUCCAGCUGACCUGCAACGCCGACGCCAACCCGCCAAUCACCAUGUACCAGUGGAAACUCUUAAACGGGUCCAUGCCCAGCAACGUGGAGAUUCACAACAAGACGCUGUUCUUCAAAGGGCCGGUCACCUACGAGGUGGCGGGGACGUACGUGUGCGACGCCACCAACAGCAUCGGGACGCGCUCGGGCCUGGUGGAGGUCAACGUGACGGAAUUCCCUAACACCCCGACUUCCAGGGGCGGAGAGGUUCACCAGGAGCAGCACAGCUCGGGCGCCGCCAUCGGGGGCGCGGUGGGGGGCGGGGUGCUGCUGCUGGUGGCCGGAGUCCUCCUCUUCGUCUUCCUCCGGCGGCGCCAGCGCACCUUCAAGGGCGACUACAGCACCAAGAAGCACGUCUUCGGCAACGGCUACAGCAAGGCGGGGGGCCUGCCCGCGCACCCCCCCAUGCCCAAGAACCUGCAGUACCCCGAGGACUCGGACGACGAGAAGAAGCCGGCCCCCAUGGGCGGGCCCGGCGGCGGCGGCGGCAGGUUCGAGGGCAGCGACGCCGACUUCGACGGCGCCUCGGAGGACAUGAAGAGGCCGUACUUCACGGUGGACGAGGGCGAGAGCCGCGACUACGACGAGCGGACCCUGGCCUUCCGCUACGAGCCCGAGGCCGAGCCCGCCGACGACAUGGUCUCCCAGAACGACGGCUCCGUCAUCUCCAAGAAGGAGUGGUACGUCUAGAGGCGUGCGCCGGGAAAUCAGCAACAACUACAACAACAACAACAACAACUACAACAACAACGACGACAACAACAAC